GGAACUCCAAGGUCUCCUCGACGAGGACCACGUGGACAUUGAACUAGAAACUUCCUCGGACAGAGGCAGGCCGCCGAGCCAGUACACCGAGACCAUGUUUGCAGACUUUUUCUCGAGGUGGCGGGAUGCCACUCCAUACCUCCUUUUUUGCGCAUUCUUCUUUGCGUGGGGUGAUAUUCUCUUCGGCCUCGACACGGGGUCUUUUGGUUCGCUCGAGGCGCUGCCCUCUUUCCUGAACCAUUUCGGUGAAAAUGGCGCUUUGUCGACAUGGCAGAAGUCGGUCAUGAACUCAAUUGUCUGGCCUGGGAAGCUGGCCGGAGUAUUCGCCUUUGAGCCGUUGCUUCACCGUGUUGGGUAUAAAAAGUCGGUCUAUUUUUGUUGUGUUAUUCAAUUCAUAGCCAUCAUCAUUGAGAUCACUGCCAAGGAGUGGGUGCAAUACGAGAUUGGUCGCAUCUUGGCCUACUUCGCCGUUGGCAUCAUCGAGAAUGUCGUCCCUUCGUACCAGGCAGAGAUUUCUCCAGCAUCUCUCCGAGGCUUCAUCACCGGAUCUAUGAUCAGCGUGGUGACUCUGGGCAAUAUGUGGGGUGCAGGAAUGGGACAGGCCAUGGCCAAAUAUACAACAAACGCUGGCUGGCAGAUCCCCACGGGCGUACAGUUCAUCCCCGCACUCAUCCUCGCUGUGGCUAUACCCUUCACCAUUGAAUCCCCGCGUUGGCUGGUCCUGAAGGGGCGCAAGGAACAAGCUCUGCAGAACCUGAACAAGAUCCGCCCACAGAAGCUCAGCGAGAACGGAGUCACAAGUGCAGAGAUCGAUGCCAUCGACUUCGCCAUUGAGUCCAACGACGCUCUUGACCAGGGCUCUUGGUCAGAGCUGUUCAGGGGUACAUACCUGCGGAGGACUGUCGUUGCUGGGCUCCUCUUUUGGUUCCAACAGACGGCUGGCGGCCAGUUUGUCAAUUCCUACGGCCCUACGUUCUUCAAGCAGAUGGGCUAUGGCGAUCUGUCCUUCACCUACUCUUUCCUGGCGACAGUGGCUGGGUGCAUAGCUGCCACCAUAGGUAUGCUGUUCGUUGACAAGGUCGGCCGCAGGCCGCUCAUGAUCUCGGGCAUGUUCUUUGCUGCGCUGUUCAACUUCAUCAUCGCAGGGAUCGGCACCAAGGAGACUCUAUCAAAAGCCGAGACGAAUGCGGUCAUUGCAUCCCUCAUCCUGCUGAACGUUUCAUGCAAGUACUCGGCGAGUUUGACCGCCUAUCUGAUCACCUCAGAAAUCGGAGGGAUCAGAAUGAGGAAGAAGAUUAUGGCGUUCGCCACCGCCAUUGACGUGCUCUCUGCCUUCGUCAUCACGUUUUGUAUACCCUACCUGCUCGGCACCCCGGGCGCGAACCUUGGAGCGGGUGUAGGAUGGAUCCUCGGGGGAGAUGCCAUUCUCGGGUGCAUAUUUGCCAUCUUCUUUGUCCCUGAGCUCACGGGUCGGUCUCUAGAGGAAGUUGAUGAGCUCUUCGAGGCCAAAUUAUGGGCGUGGCAAUUCAAGGGCUACAAGACGUCCGGAAUUGGCCACAGGAUUGCCAUUCUUGAGGAGCACGAUGCUACUAACAAGGGUUUUGGAGAGGAGGUUACUAGAGAGGCGCCUGAGAGCUCGCAUUAGGACAAUGCUCAGAUUCGGCUCGGUCCAUGAAGGUAAUAACAUACCACCGAUCUAGAUCCAAUUAGAAUUCUAGAGAUUUACCUGAGACGCAUUGCUCCACACAGAGAAGCAAGAGGGCAAAUGCCACUGGACAUCCAGCGUACACUAGGCCUUUUCUAAUACUAUCAGUAUAGAAGAGAGAGCUUUUGGUCUAUUAAUCAAUGGCCUAUCAAAAGC